GCAGUUUUCGGUAUCUCAUGGCAGUGGUUCGUCUGCAUGCUGGCCAGGAAGGGGUUCAGAUGUGGAGGCCCUGCAGAGGUGCUCUGGAUUGAUAACUGGGUGGACCUUGAUAGAGGCUGGCAGGUUGAUGUGGAAUGCGUUUCCUUCCUUUGCAAGGAUCUGGAAAGGGCCCACCCACUGAUAGUCAAGCUUCUUGCUUGGACAGCCUGUGUUCCAGUUCUUUGUUGAUAUCAUUAUCAUGUCAUCUAUGUUGAAAUCCACUUCCUGCCUUGAGCAAUUUGCAUUCUGCUGUUGGCGUGCCUGGGCAGUGCAGAUUCAUUCUUGCACCCAGUCCCAUAUCUCUUGUAAUU